UUCGGCUCCUCGGUGGCCCUGCACCGUCAGAGCCAGGGGCAGAGCCGCUACCUGCUGCUAGCUGGAGCCCCCCAGGAUGUAACUGCUGUGGAGGGGAAUGCCACACGGACAGGCGCCAUGUACUUCUGCCCACUGAGUGCCUCCAAGACUGACUGCGAGCGGGUGGACAUAGAAGAAAAGAGUGUGCCACAGAAGAACAUCAUUGAAGACAUGUGGCUGGGGGUGACCAUUGCCAGCCAGAGAGAGCAAUCCGGGAGGGGGAGAGUGCUGGCCUGCGCUCACCGCUACACCGAAGUGCUUUGGGCAGGCAGCGAGGACCAGCGGCGCAUGGUGGGGAAGUGCUACGUGCGAGGCAAUGACCUGAAGCUGCAGCUGGGUGACGACUGGCAGACGUACCACAACGAGAUGUGCAACUCCAACACUGAUGCUGAGGAGACUGGCAUGUGCCAGAUGGGCACCAGCGGUGGCUUCACCACCAACACCGUCUACUUUGGGGCACCUGGUGCCUACAACUGGCAAGGGACUAACUACAUGCUGCAGCGAGAGAGCUGGGAGCUGUCUGACUUCUUGUACCCGAAUCACAAGAAUGGCAACAUCUACAUAGGCUAUACCGUCCAAGUCAGCAGUGCCGUGCUGCACAAGGGAGACCUCACCAUCAUCUCGGGGGCACCCCGCUACCAACACACCGGUGCUGUGUACCUGAUGACCAACCGCUUCAGGAGCAACCUGGAAAAGAGCCUCAUGCUGGUUGGGGAGCAGGUGGGCUCCUAUUUUGGGAGUGCCAUCGCCCUAGCCGACCUCGACAACAACGGCUGGCAGGACUUGGUGAUCGGUGCCCCAUACUACUUCGAGCGGAAGCAGGAGGUGGGGGGCGCUGUCUACGUGUACAUGAACGAGGCUGGCAGCUUCCAAAACCAGUCCAGCCAGAUCUUGAAAGGCCCCAGUAACUCCGCCUUUGGUUUUGCCGUGGCCAACAUCGGGGACAUCAACCAGGAUGGCUUUGAGGACAUUGCUGUUGGGGCCCCCUUCGAGGGCUCGGGCAAGGUCUACAUCUACCACAGCACUUCUGGGGGCCUUAUGGAGCUGCCCCGGCAGGUGAUCAGUGGGGCAGACCUGGGCCCUUUCAAGUUUGAGACCUUUGGGUACUCUCUCAGCGGGGGCAUGGAUGUGGAUGGCAAUUCCUACCCGGACCUGCUGGUGGGGAGCUUGUCUGAGAAGAUUGUUCUGCUCCGAGCUCGUCCCGUGAUCAACAUCCUGAACAAGACCUUCACAGUGACCCCAAGCCUGGUAGACCCAGCCAAGUGCAACCCCCACUCCUGCAUCCGGGUGCAGAUCUGCUUCUCCUACAACCAGAGUGCCGGAGACCCCCGAUACAAGGAGCAAAUUAAUCUGCUCUACACUCUAGAAGCUGAUAGGGACAGGCGUCCGACCAGGGUGAGAUUUGCUGGGACAAACUCUGCUGUGUACAGGGGCAUCUUCUCCUUGCCAGACACCAAGUGCCAGGACCUGGAGCUCCUCCUGCUGGAGAACAUCCGUGACAAGCUGCACCCCAUUGCUCUGCAUAUGAACUACUCGCUAGACGAGAAGCAACGAAGCUUCCAACUGGGGCUGAAUUCCCUCAACGCCUACCCUGUCCUGAAUGAGGACCAGCCCCGGGAGAACCACACUGAGAUCAACUUCCAGAAGGAGUGUGGUCUCGACAACAAGUGCAACAGCAACCUACAAUUGACGGCCGCCUUUGUUGGUGAGCAGGGCCAAGUGCUGCCCAGGAUGAAUGGGACCCAGGUGCUACUGUACAGCCGGGACGUCAAGAAGCUGCAUCUCAGCGUGGCCAUCACCAACACCCCCACUACGAAGGCCAAUGGCGAGGAUGCCCACGAGGCCCUGCUAAACAUUACUGUGCCCCCCACCCUGCUGCCCUCCUCUGUCCGCCCUAGCGGUGCCUGCACCUUCGAGGAGACAGUGCUGUGUGAGCUGGGCAACCCCUUCAAGAGGAACCAGAAGAUGGAGCUGAUCAUCACCUUUGAAGCCAUUGGGAUCACACUGGACACACGGGAGGUCGUGGUGGAGCUCGAGCUGUCCACGCUGAGCUACCAGGAGGACCUGAGGCCAGUGUGGGCUGAGUUGCUGGUUGACUACACCAUCCACACAUCUCUUGCCGUGACACCCUCCCAGGUGCAGACGUACUUCAGUGGAACAGUGGUGGGGGAGUCAGCCAUGAAAAAAGAGGCUGAUGUUGGGAGCCCUGUCAGGUUUGAUUUCAAGGUGAACACCAAGGGGGAGGCGCUGGGCUCCCUGGGCACCAUUAUCUUGGGCUUCAACUGGCCCUAUGAAAUCCCCAAUGGCAAGUGGCUGCUGUACCCCACCGAGAUUCUUGUCAGAGGCAAUGAGAGCAGACGCUGCCAGCCACCGGGGGAUGUCAUCAACCCCCUCAACCUCACCCUUCUGGACAACGUCUCCUCACCCCGGCAGAGACGUGAGCUGGAGACAGCGCCGCACACCGAGCUCCCCAUCACCCUGGCUGCUGCCAAGAAAGCCAGGUCACAAGUGGAACUGAACUGUGCCACGGGCACAUCCCACUGCAUCUGGAUCGAGUGCCCCCUCCAUGAUACCAGGGCAUUGACAACUGUCAGCAUUCGAGCACGUGUGUGGAACAGCACCUUCAUCGAGGAGUACAGCAGCUAUGACCGCAUCAAGGUGGAGGGGCAAGCCACCCUGUUUCUCCGGACCAACGUGGCUACCAUCAACAUGAAGAACCACACAGUGCAAUUCUUUGUGGACAUCGAUUCAGAGCUGACAGAGGAGCAGCCGGCGGAGAUUGCGCUGUGGUUGGUGCUCUUUGCUGUGGGAGCUGGGCUGUUGCUGCUGGGGCUGAUCGUCCUCCUGCUCUGGAAGUGUGGCUUCUUCCGGAGGGCAAACACACGAGCCAUGUAUGAGGCCAAGGCCCAGAAGGCGGAGAUGAAGAUCCAGCCGUCUGAAACGGAGCGGCUGACUGACGACUACUAGAUCAGGGCCCCUUUGCUCUGAGAGCCUGCUCCAGCCUCUCGUGCAACUUCUUCAAGCGGACCCGCUACUACCGGCUCAUGCCCAAGUACCAUGCAGUGCGGAUCCGCCAGGAGGAGCGCUACCGGCCUGCUGACAGUUUCCUGCCACGGAAGAACAAGAAACACUGGGUAACAAACUGG